UCGCUCCCUGCCACGGCCGCCGGCUACCAGGGUCUGUUGGCUCCGCCGCUCCGCACCCCGCGCGCCUACCUGAGCCUGAACGAGGUCACCCCACACCUCCACCUGCCCCGGGACCCUCUGGCCCUCAAGCGCUUCUCGGCCACUGCGGCCGCGGCACCGGAUUUCCAGCCGCUGCUGGACAACGGCUAGCCAUGCAUCGAGGUGGAGUGCGGCGCCAACCGCGCUCUGCUCUACGUGCACAAACUCUGCCAGGGCAGCAAGGGGCCGUCCAUCCGCCACCGCGGCGAGUGGCUCACCCCCAACGAGUUCCAGUUCGUCAGCGGCCGCGAGACGGCCAAGGACUGGAAGCGCAGCAUCCGCCACAAAGGGAAGAGUCUGAAGACGCUGAUGUCCAAGGGGAUUCUGCAGGUGCACCCGCCAAUCUGCGACUGUCCGGGCUGUCGGAUCUCCUCCCCGGUGAACCGGGGGCGAUUGGCAGACAAGAGGACAGUCGCUCUGCCUCCUGCUCGGGUCUUGAAGAAAGAACUGACCCCCAGCUUCAUAGCCAGUGAUGGCGACAGCGACGGGAGCGGGCCAGCCUGCGGGCAGCGGCCUGGCUUGAAGCAGGAGGACGACACACACAUCCGGAUCAUGAAGAGAAGGGUCCACACCCACUGGGAUGUGAACAUCUCCUUCCGAGAGACGUCCUGCAGCCAGGAGAGCGACCUUCCCACCCUCCUCUCCAGCCUGCAUCGCGGCAGCCACCUCGUUAUGCCUGAGCAUCAGAGCCGCUGUGACUUCCAGAGCAGCAGCGUGGAGCUAGGCCUGGGUGGUCCAGGUGACCUGUUGGGCAAGAGGCUAGGCCGCUCCCCCCACGUCAGCACUGACUGCCCUUUGGAGAAGAAGGCUCGAAGCAAGUCCCCCCAAGAGACUCUGUUGCUGUCAGAGCUGGGGCCCAGCAUGGGCCCUGAGGAUCACUACCGCCGGCUCAUGUCCGCACUGAGUGAGGCCAGCACCUUUGAGGACCCGCAGCGUCUCUACCACCUGGGCCUCCCCAGCCAUGACCUCCUGAGGGUCCGGCAGGAGGUGGCAGCAGCAGCAGCUGUGAGGAGCCCCAGUGGCCUGGAAGUCCACCUGCCCACGUCCACAGGUCCACGUCGGAAGCAGGGCCUGGCUCAGCACCGAGAGGGCAGUGCUCCAGCCGGCACCCCAUCCUUCUCAGAGAGGUACUGGGUGUCUGCAUCUCAGAGGCCCCCAUAUUCACUGUGCUUGUUGCUGGGGUGGAGACCGUCCGCGACUGUUCCCCUAGGACCCAGCCCACCCCUGGGGCAGGCGGGGGCGGGGGCGGGCGGUUGGGGGGCACUGGACCACUCGCUUCGUGGACUGUCCCCUUCCCCAGGCUUCGGCUUCUUGCCCCCGGCCCAGGCGGAGCUGCUCGCCCGGCAGCAGGAGCUCCUGCGGAAGCAGAACCUGGCGCGGUUGGAGAUGUCGGCCGAGCUGCUGCGGCAGAAGGAGCUGGAGGGCGCGCACCGUCCGCAGCUGCUGACGCCAGAAGCUGCGCUGCCCCCGCCGGACGGCGCGGAGGCCCUGCUGGUGCUGAGACCCAGCUCCGCGCCCAGGCUGGCGCUGCCCCCACAGGGACCCCCCGGCUCCCCCACCCCGCCGCGGGAGCCCACCCGCCGAACCCCUCGGAAGGGGAGCGUCAGCCCGGCCUCAGCCCGGCCCAGUGAGCCCAAGACCACCGGGGCUGAGCUCUGGGUACAGGAUGGCUCUGAGGAUGAGCCCCCCAAGGACUCAGACGGAGAGGACCCCGAGAUGCUGGCUGUUGGGGGCCGGGGCCUCACCCCAGGUGGAGGGGCCAGCUCUGAGCGGAAGGGACUUCUCUCAGGAUCCCUGCUGCCCCCCUCCCUGCCCUUGAGCGUGCCCUGCGUCAGCCCCUACUUCCACACAGGCGCUAUCGGGGGACUCUUCAGUGAUGGGGAGGCGGCCACCACCCCUGAGGACAUCAGCAAGUGGACAGUGGACGAUGUCUGCAGCUUCGUGGGGGGCCUGUCGGGCUGUGGAGAAUACACACGGGUCUUCAGAGAACAGGGGAUAGAUGGGGAGACCCUGCCCCUGCUGACGGAGGAGCACCUCCUGACCACCAUGGGGCUAAAGCUGGGGCCUGCUCUCAAGAUCCGGGCGCAGGUGGCCAAGCGCCUGGGCCGAGUCUUCUACGUGGCCAGCUUUCCGGUGGCAUUGCCACUGCAGCCACCAGCACUGCGGGCCCCUGAGCGGGCACUCACCUCAGGGGAGCAGCCCCCGUCCCCAGCCACGGCCCCCUCACCCUUUGUGGGGGGACUUCCCACUGCCGGCCAAGCCUCCCCCAAGCAAGAGAACGGGACCAUGGCUCUGCUCCCGGGGCCUUCAGACCCCUCCCAGCCUCUGUGCUGAGUUGUGGAGCCCACCCUUCAGUGCCAGCCACUGCAAUGCAAAGGCCCCUCCCCACAGCUGCUUUUCCUCUGGUUUUGGGAGCAAAAACACAAAGAACUUUUAAAAAGAAAACAUGUGACUUAAGAGGAAAGGAAUGUGUUUUCAAAGACUUCUGGGGGUGACACAGAGCCUGGCGCACAGGCCUGGGAUCCAACCUGGGGGCUGCAGACAAACCAAAGACAAGCGGUUCGCUGGCCAGGCCGGCCCCUGGCUCCCUCGGGAACUGGGACUGCGGUGAGAUUUCAGCGUCCUGACAUCAGGUGAGAGCUCAGCUUCCCUCAUGGGCGCCCAGCACCCUUGGGUGCAGCAGUGGGCUGGCUCCACAAUGCAGGUGUCAGUCACCAAGGCUGCCACUCCAGUGAUCAGCACAGUGCUUGGUACUUCCUGGUCUUUUAUGUUGUAAAAAUAAAGCCCUGUCCGCCA